GCCAUGUUAGGGCUCGCCGCUUUGCCUGCAGCACAUGGCGGGAGCGGCGGCGGCGGCGGCGGCGGGUUUGCUGAACGGCGGGGCCGGCGCGGGGCCGGACGUAAAGCGGCCCCGGCUGGGGUCGGCCGCCCAGACCCCCCCCGCGGGGAACCGGGUGACGGUGGUGCUGGGGGCGCAGUGGGGGGACGAGGGCAAAGGGAAGGUGGUCGACCUGCUCAGCCUCGACGCCGACCUCGUCUGCAGGUGCCAGGGUGGCAAUAAUGCGGGCCACACCGUUGUGGUGGAUUCGGUUGAAUAUGACUUCCAUCUGUUGCCCAGCGGAGUUAUCAAUCAUAACGCCACUUCAUUCAUUGGGAACGGGGUCGUAAUCCACUUACCGGGGCUCUUUGAAGAAGCUGAGAAGAAUCUGAAGAAAGGACCGGGGCUGGAAGGCUGGGAAUCUCGGACUGUGAUUUCCGAUCGCGCCCACUUGGUGUUUAAUUUCCAUCAAGCUGUAGAUGGAAUCCAGGAGCAGCAGAGGAAACAGCAAGCAGGGAAAAACCUGGGCACCACCAAGAAGGGGAUCGGCCCUGCCUACGCCUCCAAAGCCUCGCGCACUGGCCUGCGCAUUUGUGACCUGUUGGCAGAUUUUAACGAGUUCUCCAAAAAAUUCAGGGUCUUGGCCCAGCAGUACAAAGCCAGCUAUCCAACGCUCAACAUCGACACGGAGGCCGAGCUGCAACAGUUGAAGAUCUACGCAGAGAAGAUCCGCCCCCUGGUGAAGGACGGGGUUUAUUUCAUGUACCAAGCUCUGCAUGGACCAUCCAAAAAGAUUCUCGUCGAAGGAGCUAAUGCUGCCCUCUUAGAUAUUGAUUUUGGUACCUAUCCCUUCGUGACCUCCUCAAAUUGCACCGUGGGGGGUGUGUGUACCGGCCUUGGCAUUCCCCCCCACUACAUCGGCAAGGUGUAUGGCGUGGUGAAGGCGUAUACGACCCGCGUUGGAGUGGGGACCUUCCCCACCGAGCAGAACAACGAGAUCGGAGAAGCUCUCCAAGCCAGGGGACGGGAAUUCGGCGUCACCACGGGCCGUAAGCGGCGCUGCGGCUGGCUGGACCUCGUCCUGGUGAAAUACGCCCACAUGAUCAACGGGUUCAGCGCCCUCGCCGUGACCAAGCUGGAUAUCCUAGACAACUUUGAAGAGAUCAAAGUGGGUGUGGAAUACCAUCUGGAUGGGAAGCAGAUUCCGUAUUUCCCGGCCAAUCAGGAGCUCCUGAACAAAGUCACAGUGAAGUACAAGGACCUUCCUGGAUGGCGGUGUAGCACCGAGGGCGCUCGCAGCUUCAGCGACUUGCCUGCUGAAGCCCAGGCCUAUAUCCGGUUCAUAGAGGGUUACCUGGAUGUGCCAGUCAAAUGGAUCGGCGUGGGAAAAUCUCGCAAAUCCAUCAUCAAGCUUUUCUGAGGCUGAGGCUGGGGUGGAUCCGCUGCCCCAGACGGAAGCCGGAGGGGGCUGUUCCUUCUCGCCAGCAGCCCCGGACCACGGAAGCCAGCCCCCUUGAAUGCGCUCAGGCCAGACCCCGACCCCACCUUUAUUUAGAUGAGAACCCACCGCAACCCUUCACAACACCCUGCCUCCAUUCACCCCCCACCCCGCAGUGUGAAAUUUCCUCUUUGCCCUUCAUUCUGCGCUGCUGACGUUUGGGAAGAGAAUUUGGACCAGCUGGUUGGGGGCUGAGCUUUGCUGAUCAUUCCAGGAUGGUUAAGGGCACACACUCCACUUCUGAGCUCCUGACCCAUUUUUUUCUCCCCCCCCCCACAUCCCCGAAAUGGCUGCCAUCCGUCCCCCCCACCCCCACCCCCGGUCUGACCAGCACUCAUGCUCCAUGGCUCUGCAGAUGGUGCUAAUCCCCUUGGCCAGUUCUGAGUCAUUGACGGCUGUCGGCCUGGCACCUUCCUGGAUGCGUCAAUCCCCAUCGCCUCCAGCCAGGUGGAGGGAGUGGGGCCUGGGAAUUGUAGUCUUGCGACGUGGAGCACUUUUCCCGAAGAUGGUGGCCUUCCAGUGGUUGUCAACUGCAUCAACCACAGUGCUAGUCCCAGCCAGAGUGGGCUCACAGUGAGGAAUGCUGGGAAUUGUAGUUCAGCGGCAUACCUGAAGGCUCCUGAUUUCCCACCCCUGGCAGGAACAGAGCACUUAACUUCUAUCCGUGAUGGGUGUGAAACGCGGUCCUCUCCUGCUGCAGCUGAAAGUGCCUCCAUUUUUAGGAAAAUCGGCCCAACGGCAGAGCGUUUCACACUCCUGUCCUCUCUCCCACCCAGGCAUGGGUGGGAAGCUUUGGCUUUGCCAUUCGUCAAGCACAACCUCUAAAUUGGGUUGCCUCCUAACGGGGGUUUGAAACAAGGCAACAUCGACAUAACCAGUAUUCAAGCAGGCUGGUUUCAAACGCUGCAAACUUGUUGAGGGCAAGCGGAAACAGGCCGAGGCUUUUGCUCUUGUGCUCUGGAAGAGAAAUGUGGUACAGGUAGUCCUUGCUUAACCCCCACAAUUGAGAUGAGAACUUUGGUUGCUAAGUGAAGUGGUCAUUAAACAAAUCCGACCCAAUUUUACGACCUUUUUUGGCACGGUCAUUAAGUGAAUCACCAUGCUUAAACGAACCACAUGGUCGUUAAGCAAAUCACGCAGCUCCCCAUUGAUUUUACUUGCCAGAAGCCAUCCGGGAAGGUCAAAAAUGGCGACCAUGGGAUGCUGCGACGGUCAUAAAUGUGAACCGGUUGCCAAGCGCCCAGAUCGUGAUCACGUGACUGUGAUGUGCUGCAGCGGUCGUAAGUGUGAGCACCAGUUGUAAGUUGUUUUUUUCAGCACCAUCAUAAAUGAAUGGUCAUUAAGUGAGGACUAUCUGUAAUGCAUGUGCUGAAGAUUGUACCCAGUUCCUGCUGUGAAAACUAGUUUAUUGCGGCCUAUUGCGUUCUGUGUUGUCAAAGCUUUUUUGACAUAUUACCCACAUUUUUAGCUUUCUCCAUUUAAAAAACAGCACGCUUUCUACAGUUGGACCUAACCAUGCAGAUUAAACCUCUCUCCUUCCCAUUCCUUGACAGGGAACGCUGAGUUGCAGAAGCACUACCUGUAAAUUGUCUGGGUUUUAUUUCCCCCUUUUGGAACCUUAAUCAGGACUAGCCUCUUUAAUUUCCAUUGGUUAACAGGGGAAGCAGCAGUUGAGCACAGCAGCAAAUGGGAUCCUAAAGCUUUCUAGAUUCCUACUUGCACAUCCCUAGCCCACUGUCCAAACGUGUGAAUUUUUUUUGUGGUUUCUUACUUGGUUGAGAAGGAAAUUUCCCUUGUUCUCAUGUUGUUGUUUUCCUGGGAUUGCCAAAUCUGCCACAAAGCAAUAAAGAACCAUGAUUUAUUUUAUAAA